UACUUCAAGAGAUCGACGAUAUAAUUAAAAACACACACAGAUAUAUAGAGAAAGCGAGUGAUCAUAAAGAGUUCGAGAGAUACUAUUAUACAUAGAUAUGUGCCUUUAAUGUGAAACAUCUAUAGAAGAUUGCAAAAAUCUCAUGAACAACAUUAGAGGAACAAUCGUGUUGGGUUUCUAUUGUUGGGAUUGGGAAUUCUUAACUGCCCUUCUUCUAUUCUCCUUCUAAUUCUAAUUUUAAUUCUAAUCAGCUUUAAUUUUGUCUCUUUUUCCUCCUACUCAUUUCUCCAAUUAAGUUAUAUAUAUUAUUAUGAUGAUGUCCAAGAAAGAUGAUGGAGACUUGGUCGUUAAUUUUGUCACAAAGUCAUCACCAUCUCCAUUUCUACUAAAAACUUACAUGUUGGUUGAUGAUCCGGCUACCGAUGACGUUGUGUCGUGGAACUCGGAUGGGACCGGGUUCGUGGUGUGGCAGCCGGCCGAGUUUUCGAGAGAUUUGCUUCCAACUCUCUUCAAACAUAGCAACUUUUCUAGCUUUGUUCGCCAACUUAACACUUACGGUUUUCGAAAAGUUGCAACAAGUCGAUGGGAAUUCUGCAAUGAGAGGUUUCACAAAGGUCAUAAAGAGCUACUAUGUCAAAUUCGACGAAGAAAAUCAUGGGCCAACAAGCCCCAACUAGUCACCCGAACUUUAAAAGAACAAGAUGAAGAUCAAAGAUCUUCAUCUACUAAUUCUUUAUCCUCUGGGUACAACAUUCUCAUGGAUGAGAACCAAAAACUCAAGAAGGAAAAUAAGGUCUUACGUUCGGAGCUUUUAAACACAAAAAAGAAGUGCAAGGAGCUCAUUGACUUGGUUGGCAUGUACACUAAUAACACAAACAUAGACGAAGAGGAUGAUCAAAGGCCAAAGUUGUUUGGGGUUAGGUUGGAAGUACAUGGUGAUGAGGAAAGAAAAAGGAAAAGGAUUGAAGAGGUCAGUGAAAAUGCAAGAAUAAUUAGUUUUACUUUCAAUCAAUGCAAACAAGUAGAUAGCAAGGUAUACAUACACAAUUGAUCACUUUGAUCAAUUAAUUUAGCACUUUGAAAGAGAAAAAAAAAAAAAAAACUUUCAAAGUCUCUUUAUGCAU